CAACGAAAUCUGCAAAGUAGAUUAUGUGACCAGUAACCUUGCAGAAUGCUUCAAUUCAAAGUUCAAGUCAGUGAAAGGGCUCUUGUUGUGGCAAGCAUUUGACAAGAUGAGGCAAAUGAUCAUGAUAAAGAUGGCUCUUCGCAAAAGAAUUGCAGAAACACAAUAUGUUAGUCAUCAAAUGCUCCCAUCACUGAUUAAGGCAUUGCACUUGAAGGCAAGAGGGCUGAAGAUGAAAUGUAUUCGAUCUGGUACAUAUGAGGGAGAGGUUACCUAUACUGACACUAAAAAUAGGGUAUGGAGGUAUCCUGUGAACCUAAGUACUAGAGAAUGUACUUGUAGGCAAUGGCAGAUCCGUGGGAAGCCAUGCACACAUGCCCUACAUCUGAUGACCGUUAUCGGGGGUGCAGAUGGUGAAGUUGAUCAAUAUUGCUCUGAGUAUUUCUCUGUUGCCAAAUUUAUGGUUGCUUAUGCUGACAAUGUGCCUGCACUAUUGGGGAAAGAUCAAUGGAACAUAGUAGAUCCAGGGUUCAAACUCCACGCUCCUGUCAUUACUAGACCACCAGGAAGACCAAGGAACCAGAGGAUUAGAGCAGGUGAGGAGGGUCGUCUACCAAAGAAGCGUGCUUGCAAAAAAUGUGGAGUUCUGGGGCAUAUUGCUAGGCUUUGUACCAAUGCAGUGGAUGCAUCAUUUGGAGAGGAGGAAAGAUGGACAGUAGCCACUGCUGAGGAGAAUGCAGCAGCAAUGGAGACUGAAGAUGCAGUGGAGAAUGCAGCAGCAAAUGAAGCAGUGGAGGAUGCAGCAGCAAAUGAAGCAUCUUGCUCUAGGGAGAAAAGGCCAAGAGAUGAAGAAGCAGAAGAUUUUGAAACCAUGGCCCUUGAUGGUUUUAAAGCUAUAAGAGAGGAAGAGGAGGGGGUAAUGUUUCCAAUUGUGCCUUUAAAGAUUACUGAACCCAUAGAUGACUGUCAAAUGGUCGUCAAGUGCUCGGCGAGUGGAACUACUCCAUCAGCACCUCCACGGGGAAAACCCCAAGUAAAGCCCAAGAUCAAAAGGAACAAGAGUCUGAAAGAAAAGAGCAUCUCAACUAGGGAAACCAGGAGCAAGACGGUGAAGCCAGCUGCAAACACAAGGAGCAAGUCGAAAAUGUUGGCAUCUUAAAACUUGGUAGAUUUAAGCUACUGUGAAAACUUAUCAUUUGUAAUAAUGUUGCUUCUACUUUGGUUUCUUAUUUGAGUCAGAAUUCAAAUUUCCAUCAAAAUUUGAAUUUAAAUCAAUAUUUAAAUUUGGGCCAAAAUUUGGAUUCGAGCCAAAGUUGAAGUUGAACAUUGGAGGUUCAUUGCUCUGUGCGGUGUAUUUGAUCGAGCAUUUGAAGUCCAAUAUUCAUAGGUGAACAGUCCGAAUGAGAAAUGUGCUAGAAACGAGCCCGAAAGCUAGGGUAAACAACCCUAUUUGAAAUCAAGUUUUUUUUGACCUUGCCUAAAUGAGGCAUAUAUAUUUUUAUUAACACUUGUUCCAUAUAUAUAGGGUAAAAACGAAGUCUCACUAUUUAUUGAUUAAUAUUCAUAUUACUACAUUUUUUUGAAAAAAUAUGCUUUUAAUUCAAAACCG